CAACUGUAUGCACGCAUUGCUGCGUCCGUCCGUGUGUUUAGAGAAGGCGACAAGUAUGUAUUGCUCAAGAGCUGGAGUGACAGGUCCCUUGACCUGGAAAUAGACACCGAAGCGAACAACCCGUUCAAGCUACCUUCAAUGUGGAUAUUUACCGGGCGGGAGGAUGAUAACUUAAGUUUCAAGGUUUUGAGUCGCCCAUGAACGGUAUAGCUUCCGACUAACACGACGCCGCGUAAACAAGACGAAAUCACCCGGCCUUUCCCGUUAACUAGUUUGGAAAAAACAGCUUCCUACAUGCUCCGGUGUGUAUAUCUCCCAUUAAAGGUCAUGUCACUCAAUGUGCUUAUUUCCUAGAUCAGCAUACUGGAUAAUUUUACGUUCUGAAUAUUGCCUGUUUUACGUUGUGAUAUUAUCCACUAUAGGUAUAUGUAUAUAUUUAUUCCGAGACAAGAAGCGACAAGUUUAUGGUGUACUUCUGUAGGCUCGUUCACGCAGAGAUUCCUGACAGUUUAAAUAUGCAUGACAAAGCCAUGGGAUCGCCAUAAGUUGUUGGGAGAAUACAGUCAUGACGUAUACUCAUUGAUGUGCUUCGCUGUCAUUCAAACUGGAAUCGAUGAGCAACAGGUGUGGUAACCUAUUUUCCUAAGUCAUGUCAGGUCUGCGGGUAGUUGUUGUGUUGUCUGUGUUGUUGUUGAACGCCGCCCUAGCCAUAUGAUGACGGCCUGUAGAUUCGACUCUGGGGCAGACAUUUCGGGACAGGUCAUUCCACUUGUCAACUGUACAUGUGACAUGUGUCUCAGUUGUCUACAGGUCAGACAUGUGUCUCAGUUGUCUACAGGUCAGACAUGUGUCUCAGUUGUCUGCAGGUCAGACAGGUGGCCCAGCUAUCUACAGGUCAGACAUGUGUCUCAGUUGUCUUCAGGUCAGACAGGUGGCCCAGCUAUCUACAGGUCAGACAUGUGUCUCAGUUGUCUACAGGUAAGACAUGUGUCUCAGUUGUCUACAGGUCUGACAUGUGUCUUAGUAGUCUGCAGGUAAGACAGGUGGCCAAGUUGUGUUCAGGUCAGACAUGUGGCCCAGUUGUCUACAGGUCAGACAUGUGGCCCAUUUGUCUACAGAUCAGACACGUGUCUCAGCUGUCUUCAGGUCAGACAGGUGGCCCAGUUGUCUACAGAUCAGACACGUGUCUCAGUUGUCUACAGGUCAGACAUGUGUCUCAGUUGUCUACAGGUCAGACAUGUGUCUCAGUUGUCUACAGAUCAGACACGUGUCUCAGUUGUCUACAGGUCAGACAUGUGUCUCAGUUGUCUACAGGUCAGACAUGUGUCUCAGUUGUCUACAAGUCAGACAGGUGGCUCAGUUGUGUACAGGGCAGACGUGUCUCAGUUGUCUACAGAUCAGACAGGUGGCUCAGUUGUCUACAGGUCAGGCAGGUGUCUCAGUUGCCUGCAGGUCAGACAGGUGUCUCAGUUGUCUAUAGGUCAGGCAGGUGGCUCAGUUGUCUACUCGUCAGACAGGUGUCUCAGUUGUCUACAGGUCAGACAGGUGGCCCAGUUGUCUGCAGGUCAGACAUGUGUCUCAAUUGUGUACAGGUCAGACAGGUGUCUCAGUAGUCUUCAGGUCAGACAGGUGGCCCAGUUGUCUGCAGGUCAGACACGUGUCUCAGUUGUGUACAGGUCAGACACGUGUCUCAGUUGUCUACAGGUCAGACAGGUGGCCCGGUUGUUUACAGGUCUGACAUGUGUCUCAGUUGUCUACAGGUCAGACAUGUGGCUCAGUUGCCUACAGGUCAGGCAGGUGGCCCAGUUGUCUACAGGUCUGAUAUGUGUCUCAGUUGUCUACAGGUCAGACAGGUGUCUCAGUUGUCUACAGAUCAGACACGUGUCUCAGCUGUCUUCAGGUCAGACAGGUUGCCCAGUUGUCUACAGAUCAGACACGUGUCUCAGUUGUCUACAGGUCAGACAUGUGUCUCAGUUGUCUACAGGUCAGACAGGUGUCUCAGUUGUCUACAGGUCAGACAGGUGGCCCAGUUGUUUACAGGUCUGACAUGUGUCUCAGUUGUCUACAGGUCAGACAUGUGGCUCAGUUGCCUACAGGUCAGGCAGGUGGCCCAGUUGUCUACAGGUCUGAUAUGUGUCUCAGUUGUCUACAGGUCAGACAGGUGUCUCAGUUGUCUACAGAUCAGACACGUGUCUCAGCUGUCUUCAGGUCAGACAGGUUGCCCAGUUGUCUACAGAUCAGACACGUGUCUCAGUUGUCUACAGGUCAGACAUGUGUCUCAGUUGUCUACAGGUCAGACAUGUGUCUCAGUUGUCUACAGAUCAGACACGUGUCUCAGUUGUCUACGGGUCAGACAGGUGGCUCAGCUGUCUUCAGGUCAGACAGGUUGCCCAGUUGUCUACAGGUCAGACAUGUGUCUUAGUUGUGUACAGGUCAGACAGGUGGCUCAGUUGUCUACAGGUCAGACAGGUGUCUCAGUUGUCUUCAGGUCAGACAGGUGGUUCAGUUGUCUACAGGUCAGACAGGUGGCUCAGUUGUCUUCAGGUCAGACAGGUGGUUCAGUUGUCUACAGGUCAGACAUGUGUCUCAGUUGUCUACAGGUCAGGCAGGUGGCUCAGUUGUCUACAGGUCAGACAUGUGUCUUAGUUGCGUACAGGUCAGACAGGUGGCUCAGUUGUCUUCAGGUCAGACAGGUGGCUCAGUUGUCUACAGGUCAGACAUGUGUCUCAGUUGUCUACAGGUCAGGCAGGUGGCUCAGUUGUCUACAGGUCAGACAUGUGUCUCAGUUGUCUACAGGUCAGACAGGUGGCUCAGUUGUCUACAGGUCAGACAGGUGGCCUAAUCGCCUUACGCGACGCUACUGACUGUCUGCUAAAUGGUUUCAAUAAAGUGAUUAACGUCUAAGACCUGCAUCACUCAACUUCCCAACGAUAAUCUCACAUGCAGUAUUACAUCUGUUCAAAGCGGCUUAAAAUCAACCUCAUUUACUGUUACGCACAGACAUAACACUCCCAACAACGUUAAUGACAUGUCAGCAAAAGCCGUUCGUGUUAGCGCAUGAUUUAAGCCUACCAUCUGUCAUUAAGACCUAAUCUCCACAUUUCAUAUAUAGUCACGUACAGGACAAUAGGUUCCAUUCUAUAUUGGAGGAUGUAAGUCGGCUCUCUUGCGUGUUGCACUUUCCUAAUGUACAUAAAGGAAGCAUUCACACGUGCAUACAUGACUUUGAUUAACCCACUACGACACUAUGAUACAGACAAGCAUAUAAAUACCCUUCUUCUAUACACUGUAUUGUGUGAAUCGGAAAAGCUACACGCAUUGCAGGGUUUCAAAACUCAACAUCCAUGUGAGGUUGCAGGUUCGAUUCCCGUCAUCAAUAAUGAAAAAGCUUAAUUUCCUGUCUUCGA